AUGAUAAGCUCAACGGUCAUCUCGGCGGCAAGCUCGACGGUAGAAUCAACGACAAGCUCAUCAACAACCUCAACACCAACGACAAGCGUCCCAGUCGGUAAUUUUCUUAAACGAAAUCAUGUGUUAAGAUCUCGAAGGUGCUUCAUCUAAUACCUGCCUUCAUGUAACAACUGUACAGUGUAAAGUGCAUUCUGAAAGUUCCCACAACUCUUCGAAUGAAACCAGAUACUUUUCAAAGAAAGACUGCUCUGUUUCAUGUUAAGUAAGUUACAAGCGAGGUGUCGAUCAUCCCCAAAAUCUGACACAUCUGAACCGUUAUCCCACUGAAUAUUUUGGCAUACUGAUUUCCUUACAGCUAUGAUAUACACAUCGUUUGUCUGGUUCUUGUUCUAAACUUUUCUUUUUGUUGUUUACAUCGUUUGGCAUUAGUUCAUUUUUUUUGUUCUUGUGUCUUA